AUGUCGUCUUCCGCCGCCAUGAACGGCGAAGAGCCAUUGUUUAAUGGAACGAAGAAGCAGCUGUCGCUGGCACUCACACAGACGUCGUCACAAUCGACUCCAUUACCGUCACUUCCUGAUGAUUUGUUAAUAAGCUGCUUGGCACGCAUCUCUAGUUUGCAUUACCCGGCUCUCUCCCUUGUCUCCAAGAGCUUCCAAUCUCACCUUGCUUCGCCGGAGCUUUACAAGACGCGAUCCUUGUUAGGCCGCGCCGAGAGUUGUCUCUAUAUAUGCCUAAAGAUUCGUCCUUACCCUACCCCGUUCACUCUUUGCCCGAAACCUAACCGAGCCCUAACCAAUGACAACACUAGUGAGAAGGAGAAAAACAAGUCAAGUGGCAACAUUUUGAUCCCAGUCUCGUUUCCCAAUACUGCUCACGCUCAUUGGAAAGGCGUGGUUGCAGUUGGUUCUAGUAUCUACGCCAUAGGUGGAGGAAACUACGAUUCGCCUUCUUCUAGCGUUUGGGUUCUAGACUGCCGUUGUCACCUUUGGCGCAAGGCUCCAAGCAUGUUGGUGGGGAGAUUUUGCCCAACAGCAGAUGUCGUUGAUGGAAAGAUAUAUGUCGCAGGAGGAUGCGAAGGCUUAAAUUCUUUAAACUGGAUGGAAGUUUUCGAUCCGAAAACUCAAACUUGGGAGCUUGUUUGUUGCCCUCUUGCAGAGGUAUGGAGACGCACUAGGGUAGACAAGAAGGGCAGUGAUUGA